CUACAAAGUUUCAGACUAUCCACCGACAAAGACCGCGCAUUUAGCAUUAUUCACUAUUUUUCGCCAUUUUUGUUAUGUGGUAAUAAACACGUUGUAAAGAAGAUUUAUUUAUUUAGUAAAUAACACAAAAGAAAUGGAGAGUCACGAUAAAUCCUUCACAGACGUUUACGAAAUGGAUGUGAACAGAUUUCCUCUGAUGUCCUCUCCAAUACCAGUGACAGUGAUAAUGGCUAUGUACCUCCUGUUCGUACUGAAGAUUGGCCCAAACGUGAUGAAGCACAGGAUGCCUCUGGAACUGAGCUCAGUGUUACCCGUGUAUAACGCCGUGCAAGUGGGUCUCUCCGCGUAUUUAGCCUAUCGGUAUUUCAUCUUUAUGUACAAAACGGCAGACUUUCUACAUGCGGAAUGCCAUAUCAAUGACAGCAAGUACCGAUCUGAGGUGAGAUCCAUUUUACAUUUUAUUUUUUUAACCGACUACAGCUUACCAAAAAAGAGGCUUAUGAGGUGCCUUGAGGUAUUUGUCAACUACCUCUCAUAUUAUGUUCAAAAGCUCAUAGAUCAUGAGAAAAGCACUGAUUCGGAAAACACUUUCACCGAACCACCCUGUCUCAAGUCGUCAUCGGACGAGCGGACUAGACCAAUACUGGGCUUUAAAAACACAUCAUUUACACUCUCUCAUAGAAUAGAAGUUAUUAAGCUAAAUAUAUUCACCAAUCCAUGUCUUAAUAAAUAUGACUCUAGAGUACAUGCCUUCCCUCCCAUCAUCCCCGUUAGUUAG